ACACUGAAACAGCCAAUGGUGAAAAGAGCUGUCACACUGAGGUGGUUAAGUGGGGCCAAGCUUGUCUGUGGCAAUGCCUUGAAAAGCAGAGUGGAGAAUAGAGCAGAUUAUAACUUGCUUCUGACAAGUUUUCAACUCAAGGAAGCAAACAAGUCUGGGAUAGUAAAACCGCAAAGCUGUCUCUUCUUCCCACUGGGCCACUCCUUCCUUCCCUCUUUCCUUCCUUCCUUCCUUCUCAUUCUCUCUUUCUUUUUCUGCACGCUCGCAAGAGAGGAUACAGACAAGGACAGAAGCUUGAACACAGAUGCUGUGAUGGACACCAAAGCGGUUUUUGUGGCCCUCUACAACGUGUGCGAGGAGAAUGCCGCCUUCUUCUCGGGAGGGUCUAAAGGGCCACAGAGUGAUGCGGCCCAGCGGCUGGUGGACACCAUGAAGCUGAUCCAGGAGCACGCCCGAAGUCUGGAACCAGUCAUCUCCGGCUUCGCCGCUGUCUACCAUCAUUUUGACUUUGACCCUCACAUACCGGCCAAUGGCUAUCGCUCGCUCGUCAAGGUGGUGCGUUGCUGCCUCCUCCACAUUAUCCACAAGGGCCGCUACAUCACCGCCAACCGGCGCAGCAUCUUCUUCCGUGUGUCCCACAAUGCCAGUGAGAUAGAAGCUUACUGCAAUGCCCUGUGCCAGCUGCGGGCGCUGCUCUACCUGGCCCAACGCAUGCUACACGACAACAGCCACGGCGACCUCUUCUUCCACGAUGAGAGCGGCCUCAGCGAGAGCUUUGUGCGGGAAUACAGCUCUAUGCACAAGGGCUGCUUCUACGGCCGCUGCCUGGGCUUUCAGUUCACUCCAGCCAUCCGGCCCUCCCUGCAGACCAUCGCCAUCGGCCUCGUGGCCUUUGGAGAUAACUACAAGCGGCAUCAGUCUGGAAUAGUGGAGGCAGGAAGUAUUGCACCGUAUGGUGUAGCGGCCAGCUCCUUAUUUACGUCGGGCAAGUAUGCCAUCGACCCCGAGUUGAGAGGGGCCGAAUUUGAGCGCAUCACUCAGAACCUUGAUGUCCAUUUCUGGAAGACUUUCUGGAACAUCACAGAGACCGAAGUGCUGUCGAGUCUGGCCAGUAUGACGUCCACACCAGUCAAGGUGAACCGAGCGCUUUCCGUGCCUCCUGUGCCCUUCGACCUCCCACUGGCAGCCAAUCACCGAGCGUCAGUGACCAUACCGCCGCCCUCGGCGCACAUCGGUGCCGCUCCGGUUCAGAUGAGGCUCAUCUCGUAUGACCUGCGGGAAGGACAGGAUAGCGAGACCCUGCUAUCGCUCACCCGCUCUGAUGCGGGCGCCAUCUCCCUCUCGCUGAGGCUGAAGACCAAGCGGUUGCCCUCAUCCCCCUGCCUGCUCAUCCACUUCCACGGCGGAGGCUUUGUGGCGCAGACCUCUAAAUCCCACGAGCCCUAUCUGAAGAGCUGGUCCCAGGACCUGGGUGUCCCCAUUCUGUCAGUGGACUAUUCCCUGGCUCCCGAGGCCCCCUUUCCACGGGCCCUGGAAGAGUGCUUCUAUGCGUACUGCUGGGCUGUGAGGAACCACCACCUUCUAGGCUGGACCGGGGAGAAAGUGUGUCUGGCAGGCGACAGUGCCGGGGGAAACCUGUGCGUGACCACUUCGCUGCGCGCCGCCGCCUACGGCGUGCGCAUGCCAGACGGCCUUGUGGCCGCCUACCCGGCCACACUGCUGACAGCCUAUGCCUCGCCUUCCCGUCUGCUCACCCUCAUGGAUCCCAUGCUGCCGCUCAGCGUCCUCUCCAGAUGUCUUAGUGCCUAUGCAGGUAAUGAGCCGCACACGGAGAAACAGGUGGAGAAGGUGAGCACACUCAGCAUGGUGAAGAGAGACACGGCCCUGCUGCUCCGAGACUUCAGGUACGGCGCGUCGAACUGGAUCCACUCUCUACUGGACUCCAACAGAACCGCCAACCCGCCCAGCACGGGUGCAGAGGCGCAACCUGAAGCCACUGACGUGGUGAGGAAGAGUGUGUCCGAGGCGUCCAUCUCAUCUCCCAACGUGGACGCGCCGGCGCCCUCAAAGCCUGCGGACUACGCCGGGAAAUUAUCUGGGAAGAGCCAGACAUACCUGGACUUGGGAGCUCAUUAUUCCACCAACCACUGUGCACCGCUUAUGUCUGAACGCACUCCAGAAGAAGUCCACUUCACCAUCUCCAUGGACAAUCAUAAAUCUUUGCACAGUGAUCUGUCUUCGGUGGCCAUAGCGCCCCCUGGUGGCGAGGAUGGCUCUGAGUUCCCGCUUGGCUUUGAGCCGCUGCGUUCGGAGCAACUGUCUGAGAUGAAAUUGCACAGUUCGCCGGUGGUCAAGGACCCCUUCUGCUCGCCCCUUCUGGCCCCUGACAGCAUGCUGAAGGCUCUGCCGCCCGUGCACAUUGUGGCGUGUGCUCUGGACCCCAUGCUGGAUGACUCUGUGAUGUUCGCCAAGCGCCUGCGGGCCGUCGGGCAGCCCGUCACCCUGUGUGUGGUGGACGACCUCCCCCACGGCUUCCUAAGCCUGUCGCAGCUCUCCCGGGAGACAAGGGAGGCGGCCAACGUGUGUGCUGAGCGAAUCCGCGCCGUCUUCACCCAAAAGGAGACGCCGCGCAAGCACCGCAAGCUGGAACGGACCGACAGGGGCGAAAACACCGCCGCCCUGUUUGUCGGAGGUGAGCUGGACACGGGACUUGGGGCUAAGAUGACUGAAGGGGAUGGCUUUGUUACUAUCACCCAAAGUGACGUUGAGGGUGUCGGGGCUUAGGAAAGACACAUUUAAGCAAGCCGAUGCUGAGACCACAAAGAGGAAGUCACUGUCCCUCUGCUUUAAAAACUUGACGGUGUUCUUGUAUGAACGCCGUCUUGCACCCGUAACAUGGUGCGUCAUGCUUUUAAGGAAAUACAAUGUAGCAACACAGAUCUAUUUUGCCUAGAUCAGGUGUCUUGGUGCUCCAGCAUCGCUGAUGAUUUCUGGAGUGGAAAUCCUGGACGGGUUUAUUAGAUAAGUCUCCUCAGAUGUAUCGUUCCAAUCUGAACGGCCUCCGUUGUCCUUUGGAGAAUCUCUCCACAGCGCACUCAAUAGGGCCACAUUGUCCUCUCCAUUACGCCGACAAUACGGCUCACUGUGUUGACGCUAACUCUGUUGACUCGCACUUCAAAUCCAAUUAACUGAAAAACAGACCCGAAAGAAAGGCUGCAUUGAACGUUUCGUUCCUGGUGGAUUUCCCCCCCCCCCCCCCCCCAAUCAUUGCUGUCAGUUUACCCAUUUCUAUUACAUAUCAAUUUCUGUACUGUAAUUUGAAUACCUUGUACCAGACAUUUUUGUGUCGCGUUGAUCUGUAAUUCAAUGUUGUUGAUUCCACCAUUUGUGGAAUGCUUAGUACUUGUUAAGUAACAGCCGCUCUGGACUCCGCAGCUAAACUGAGUGGCUUUUUUUUUUUUUUUUUUUUUUUUUAAUUUUUUUUUUAAGUCUAUCAAUGUCUACUGAGACCAUGAGGAGGAGGAGACAUAGACAUUAUGCAGUACAGUAAUUGGCGUGACCCCAUGGGCAAUUGACCCCCCCCCCCCCCCUAAAAAGGUGUAUAAGCGCCUGUAGAUCCCACAAAGCACAACAUGAAGCUCCUCAACUCACUUCAACAUAGUUCAUUGGCACAAAAUGCCACAAGAUAGUGGCAAAGCAUUACAUGAGGCUCCUCAACUCACUUGAAACAAAGAUGUCGUUAGAUGGGAUUUUGCCCUGAGCAAAAAAAACAGCGUACAGGUGUUUUUCAGCGAAUAAUUGAGGAUAGGGUCCUAAAACAAUUAGCGAAUAGGUUAAUUCGCAAGCAGCAAAUUGUGAAUAUGCGGGGAACAUUGUAUUAAUUGUUGAAAUUGUAGAUAUACCAAAAACUAUUAUCCUCAAACAGUUUAUCAUUUCACAUUCAUCUUGUAAGAGAACCCUAAAAAAUAGAUGGUUUACAGAUUAUCUGAUUUUGAAAAAAUGCACCAGAAGUGCAUGUGUCCGUGCACAUGUGGCAAAAACUCUCCUAACUUCCACUACCCAUCCAGGGAUAAUAUUAACUCCUCACCGACAAACAAAGAUCUUAAACGCUCAGUUGAGUUGUAACACUUCAACAUACUUAUUUGAGACCAAUUCUCGUUUAGACUGUGCUUGGCAUUGUCUUGGGGCAUCUUAUAGAAAGGGCACAAAAAUGACACAUAGGAGGGUUUUUCAGCAAAUAACAGAGGCUAGGUUGCACACAAAAAAAUCCCAAAUAGGUGAAUUUGCAAAUACACUCCUGGAUUACAGUGCAUCCUCUCAAGGUGGCACAAUUUGGAAUUCAAACCACCAUCAAAUCAUCAUAUAAGCUCAAAUUUGACAAAACUUCAGCCCAAUAAGCUUAGGAACUUUUUCAUUGGCUGGUCUGCACAGGAAAUCGUCUGUGAUGAUAACUGGGAUCUUUUUUAUUGUAGUUUUACUAUGCAAUGUUCGUAUGUACUAGAGUUUGGCGUCCGUCUCUGGAGGUUCCACAUUUUGAAGUUCAGACUACUUCAAUAGACUUGGGCCCAGUAAGCAUCUAAAUGAACCUUAUUUGGCUUGUCAGCACAAAAAGCUGACCGUAUUGAUAACAGCAGUUCCAGAAAUGGAACGGUUUGCAACACAGAAAUGUCUGGCUGCUCAGUACAAUAUGAGCAAUACAUUCAGUUACAUUUUAGCAACACAAUACAUUUCACCAAAAAGAUGCUAACAUAACUACUUAAUACUUAAGACAUUCCACCAGUACCUAUAAAACGCCACUGACCGUAUUGAUCUGCGUUAUACGUGUCUGCAAGGUGUCUUCAAAUAGGUGAGUAAUAUUACUAUAUUUUAUUAUACAGUAUUUGUGCUUUAGUGUUCGACACUGGAGGUUCCCCUGUAUUAUAAAUUCAAAUAGAGUUCUAUAAUCCCCCAGCGAAAAUCUGCGUGCAAUUGAUGGCCUCUGUAAAAAGGUUGAUAAUUGCCAAAAGAUGUCACAAGAUGGCAGUAAAGCACUACGUUUCUGUUAGCCAGAGCUUGGUCUGUCUAAUAGAAGCUCCUCCCCUCACUUCAACAUAGUUCCUUGGCACCAAGAUGCCGCCAGAGCACCACCUUUAUACUAGAGGGCUUUUGGUUGUAAAUAAAAGGAGAAUAGGAUUUUAAAAAAUCUGCAUACAUGUGAAAUUGCGAGGAGUCAAUGAUGAAUAUGCAGAGGAACACUAUUGCAUUUUAAAUCUAUGAUUCGUAUUAGCAAUUCAAUGAUGUGCAGCUUUCAGUGCCGCAGGUAAUGCUUUUUUUUCUUACGCGUUCCCUUGACCACACAACGGUAAUCAUCUCCAUCCCUCACUGCUUCGUUACUGCUGGUUACUGCCUCACACUUUUCUACGUCAUCACGGCUAGAUCCAAUUAACUAAAAGCCUUGAAACAUUUUGUAUUUUUGCCCACCGUAGGGUGGCAUUUUCCACCUUUUUCUCCAGCGUGACGUCCAAAAUGAUGGAGGGGGGUGGAUAAAAGGAUUUACCCCAACUGCUAAAAUCCUCCCCUGUAGACUCUGAGCGGGAUUUUCAGCAGCAAAGUCCGACUGGUGGAUUAGCCCUGAGUAUUUACUGCUACGUUUUGCUGUCAGAUUGAUGAAGAAAACCGGCGCAGUUGAGUAGGAAGACAACCGAGCUCAUCCUCUCUUGCGAGACGGGCUCAACUUUGCUCUUGCUGCACUUUUGCUGUAGUUUGUAUACAGCAUUUGUGUACACUCCAUUAUUUUGUUUGUCCUUGCCUGAUGCUUGGAAUGUGGCAUCAAGUGCAAGUGACCAUGAGGCCAAACUAGCACUUUAAUCAUCCACUACUCAAAUCACCGCAUGGAGCUUGAAAAGGUUUUUAGCCAUUUUUAUACAGAGAUCCAAAAUCUCUGCAUAGAGCCAUAACAGAAGAUGCGUCACUUAUUUUCCUGUUGCACUGCUAACUCAGAAUUAUGUUGCCUUUAGAUAAUUAGAUGACGCCAACGCUACUGCCUGGUGUUAUGUAUUAUUGGUACUAUUUGGUACUUGCUUUUUAUUCGCUUUCAACACAAGAGGGCAGGAGGAGUGUUGGGUGUUAAACUUCACCAUUUCUGGUGUUCCCAGUUCAUGAUAUUGGUCUGUUGUUAAGAUGCGGACAAACAUGAACAUUUGCAGUCAUCAGUUGAUAAUGUUGCCCUUCAAUUUUGUAAGUGGUGGUAAUGAACACUUCUUUCCACACAGAGCGCAGCAAAGGUGGGAUAUUGUUGUAACUUUUUUCGCACAGCGACAUGACAUCCCACAAUCGGAUAAUUAGAUGACAGAGGCGUCUGAUAAUAUAGUCGUUUGAUAAUGACAAUUGCUUUCAACGGAAGUGAGUUUCGGAUAUUUCGGAUAAUUUCGCAAUUGUCUCGCCAUUUCUGGCCUUCCUCAUUUGUGAACAAUUUCGCAAAUGUGUUGUUAAUAGACAAGGCGGGAAAAACAGGAUUUGAGUAGUCAUAGGUGGCAGUUGAUAAUCAUCCACUCCAGUCGUGUGAUGAACACUCCUUUUCAUACUACCGUUUUUAUUAUUAUUAUUAUUUUUUUUUAAUGAAUUGUUGAUUUAGUACUGUCAAAGUAUGCUGGAACAGCUGAGUCACUUUUAUUUCACACCAACCACCCAACCUGUUGUCGUCAUGCUUCAGUCUUUAUGGCGACAUGCCGCAUCACUUAAUAUCCCCCACCCCGCCCCCACCCCCGCUGAACUUUACAUUGUGGUCAACUAGAAAAGUCUGAUUAGGGAUGAGGAAACUCGAGUCCAACUUUGAGACCGGCGGAUUUCGAAAAGAUUUAACGACGAGACCCCAGCUACCUCAAGCAUCUCGGCGCACACAUCGUUGAAAAAUAAUUGGGGUUCUCGAUGGAGCGGUUGGAAUUUUUCACUGGUAGAGGGCUGCUUUCCCAGUUUGAUCGCCACUUCUUCAGCAAGCAUGUGUUCGGAUUUAAAAUCAAUAGGAUUUGCGAGUUGGAAAGUUGGCCCUAUCCUUGGCCAGCUUGAAACCGAAAUAAUUCCAGAUCACUAAGAUUCUUGCUUUAGGAAUGAAAGACAGGAAGACAUUUUUGACUGAUUAUAGGACACUUGAGCCAGGCUGAGUAGAGAAAGCAGAUCACUCUAGUUCUUGGUUAGUCAUAGGAUGGAAAAACAGGUCGGACUUUUUGACUUCUUUGUGGACACUUUACCAUUUUGACCACCGCUUCUUUAGCUAGCGUGAGUUCAGAUAUUAUUUAAAACCAGUUUGGAUUUCAGUUCACAUCACCACGGUUCUUGCCUGGCCAAAGACGGGUUGAAAAUUUUGACUAGUUAAUGAAACCUGCGUGGGUUUUCCCCCGGGCACUCCGGUUUCCUCCCACAUCCCAAAAACAUCCAUUAAUUGGAGACUCUAAAUUGCCCGUAGGCAUGACUGUGAGUGCGAAUGGUUGUUUGUUAUCUGUGCCCUGCGAUUGGCUGGCAACCAGUUCAGGGUGUACCCCGCCUCCUGCCCGAUGACAGCUGGGAUAGGCUCCAGCACGCCCGCGACCCUAGUGAGGAGAAGCGGCUCAGAAAAUGGAUGGAUGGAUAAUGACACCGGUUAGACUUCCAUAUCUUUAGCCAGGAUGUGUUCGGCUUCCAUUUCAAAUCAAUAGGAUUUAUGUUGGAUUGGAACAUUGUCCCUGUCCUUUGCCAACUUGAAUUAAAACACAAAAAUCCCUUAAAGGAGAACAGUUAAGAAUUGCGACGAGUGGACUCAUUAAUUUUGAAACCAAAGUUAGCUACUGACCUAAAGUGCGUCAUAGACUUUUUCCGAAAUUACGUCAGUUGUGCAUCAAUCAAGCUUAAAUUCUUAAAGACUGCAGGUUAAAAUGCUGAGACCAUAUUUUCUGUUCAUUUGUUUUCCAGUCAAUGCAGCUGCUAGUUCACUUUAUUUACUUUUAAUAGCAUCAUGCUGUAAAAAUGCUAAUCAGCUGUAGUUACACAAGUCAUGGACUGGAAGCAACGCUGCAUUUCCAUUAAGAAAACACCACAAGUGCAAACCUGUGAAUUUAAAUAAAAAGAAGUUGAAUGUAUUUUUAACCUUAUGAUUCGUGUAGAUAUUUUUAUCUAAAGAGCUGUUUGUCAAAUGUGAUUCUUUGCAGAGUUCAUACACAAAUUGUCUAUUAAUUUUUAUCAAAAAUAAAAUCUAUCCCACCAUGAA